AUGUCUUCGGGAGCCGGUGCGAUUCCGCCCAGUGCCACGGAUCCCGAGUUAGAGGCGUGGUGGGAGGAAUUUCUGGCUAAAAAGAAAAUUGAAGAUGCUCAAGAUGAAGACGCUCGCCUUACUUGGGAGACAUGUGCUCAAAGACGGCUGAAAUUUAUUCGUGAAGUUCGUCUCCUCACUGACCUUUAUGAGCCGAUUGGAAAACUUGUUCAUUCACUUCUUUCUGCAGACCAUCACCACAGAGGAGAACGCCUCUAUGCGGAAUGGUGCAAGUUCAGAAGGAAGGAGUGCCUAAUGGCUUACUAUGACAACCAAAUUUUCCGUGCAAUAUACACGAAUUAUCGCUUCUUUGGCAGUGCUACAAGCUUUCUGCAGGCGCUUAUAGAACGUAUCAUUCCGGAGCAUCCAGACCUUGAGGUCUACCUUCGGGAGCACGUUAGUCGCGUAAUAAGUGUUGGUGUUGGCCCUGGUCCUGACAUUGCUGCGUUCCUAUCCUUUGCUCGUUGUCGCGGCUUUACAAAUCGUCUAGUUUACUACGCCAUAGAUCAGAGCGAAGGAUGGUCAACUUUCCUCAGUGCAUUUGAUCGUCACUGGUCUAUGGUGCACAGUAUUUCUGUGUGGUUCAAAUCUUGGCGAUUUGGCAAACGAGAUGAUGUCGCGUGUCUUCCGGAUGCGGAUAUGAUGGUCUUUAGCUUCUCCAACACCUCUCUGAUGGAUAGGGCAAUAUGGCCACUGUUGCAACAGCGGUACAGAUUCAUCCUCGUAUUGGAUGGAAUGAAAGAUAUGGUAGUGAUGAAUUUUGGGGCUGCAGGCUUCUCCGACUUUCGACUUUCGGAGAAGACUACCGUCUAUUACUACUAUACGGGACUUCCCGCCUCUCCACAAAAAUCUGGAGAUGUCGAGACCAAAGAAUGA